GUAUAUACUGCACACAUAUAAUUACUCAAUGACAAGUUGUAGAAUCAAUACGGAAGUAAAAUUUUGUUCAACAUUUCACCAUGAUCGAACUCACUGCAAAACUCACCACUGGCACGGUUUAUUUGGCUGGUGAGGCUCUAGAAUGCUGUAUUUCCUUCUGCCACACCACCCAGCCUGAACACAGAAAUUCUCAAAGCCAUAGUGAUAUUUUGGAAAAUCUAGCAUGGGCAUCAGCGCAAAUUCAUUGUUUCUUCUCCACGACGAAGAACUCUGGAGAAAAAACACCAACCAUAGAGAAAACAACAUCUUUGGAAGUGACUUCAUGUGAUAUAGGGGAUGUGAUGUUCCAUACUAAACCAAAGAUCUUGUUUUGUGACUUGACUAUUCCUCUUGGAGAGACGAAGACGUUCUGGUACAGAGAAUCGCUACCAAUAGAAGCGCCACCUUCCUACAGAGGGACUUCAGUGAAAUUUUCUUACAAAAUAACUAUAGCUACUCAGAAAGUAGGUUCACAUAUUAAAAUGGUCAGAAUACCAUUCAGAGUGCUACCUAUUAGUCCAAUAAUGAAUGUUCAAGAUCUGGCAGCAUUAUGUGGAAAUGAAACUACUGAGGAAUUGCAGCCGACUAAUCCUUUUUCCGAAGAAAGGAAGGUUGAAACUCCUUUGACAAUGGCUUUGCAAGUUUUGCAGAAUCUCACAGCUAGAAGGAGUCCAAACUCUUACUUGAUAACAAACUCAAGAGGCAAAGUAGGUCGAUUCUGCCUUUUCAAAUCAGCUUAUAAGUUAGGAGAAGAUAUUGUUGGUACUUUUGAUUUCUCUGUUGGUACUGUCACUUGUAUGCAGGUAUCGGUAUCUCUCCAACCAGAAGAAAUAAUAAAAUCAAAGUCUCCUAGCAAGACCGCUAAACAAGAUACCUGCAGUAGAUCUAUGACUGUGGCCAGAUACCACGAAGUUACACUUGGGCUUACUCAUUCACAGCUAAUUCUGCCUAUACCAUUACAUAUUACACCUGCUUUUGAAGUUGAUGAAGUUUCACUAAAAUGGCGCCUCCACUUUGAAUUUGUUACCACAAAUGAGAAAUUACUACCAAACCCUGAAGAAAACGAUUGGAAGGCUCCUCUCAAUGUGCCAAUUGAGACCAUGGUGUGGAACCUUCCUGUGAAGAUAUAUUCCACAUUGCCAAAACAAAUCACUCAGCAUGCUAUUGGUAAUGAUGCUUAUUCCAUGUAUAUUAAAUGAGACAUUAUGUUUUAAAAGGAUUCAAAAGACUGCAAAAGUAACUUAUUAACAUAAAUGUUUUUUUUUCGUCUGUACAGUACAUAAUGCUCAAUUUAAGUACUCCUACGCAAUCUAUCGUAUUCGUAAGCCACAUAAAUAGGUGCAUUUUUUCAUAAAUCACUUUAUUUUUAUCCAGGUAUAUUAUACUAAGAGCGCGUUCACAUUAUGUCGUAAACUUUUAUUUAUCGUUGGACGAUUGUCGCGUCUAGGCCGUUCCGACUAUAUGUCGUGAUAUGGAACGUUUUGUGUCGUGGACGAUUAUUUUCUUACUAGAUAGUGACGACAAUUUAUCGUUUCAAGGCAGCCGCCUUGUCGUUUGCACGACAGAAUCGUUUGAAGCUGCGAUUAUCUGUCGUCACAUUUUUAUCGUGACGUUUUAUUUAUCGUCUUAUGCCUGUCGUUGCUCUUUCCAAGCUCUUCCCAUUGUUACAACAGUGUGUCGUCGUAACUUCAAAAAAGUCGUGAACGACAUAGUGGGAACGCGCCCUAAGUAGUGAAAUUAUAAAGCAUGGAAAAGAAGGAGUAGAUAUCUUUAAUUACAAUAUCUCAAGAAUCGCAGGUUAUGUUCUAGUAGUUCUUUCAAUACAUGAGAGACUCAGUUCACCUGUAAAAGUUGUCAAUUUGGGCUAUUAUGAUUCUUUAACAAGGAGGGAUCGAAUUUUGAUUGGCUUGUUACUGUAUUUCCAUCAAGAUGUUUAUAGCAGAAAAUUUUGAAAUGGCUUCAAUUUUUAAAUUGGGAACAUUUUUAAAUGUUUAAUUGAAUUUGUGUACAAGGAACUUUAUAAAUUUAUUAUGGAAUUGAAACAGGAACAUGUUUCAGUCUCAUGAGACAAAGCAAUAUUAGCCUAAUUAAU